AUGUCGUCAAUGCAAAUAUCGGAAAUGUCCAAGACGUACCAAUACCGCAAGGUCAUGAAGCCAUUGCUGGAGCGCAAGCGGCGCGCACGCAUCAACAAGUGUCUAGAUGAGCUAAAGGAUCUGAUGGUCGCCACGCUGGAAUCGGAGGGCGAGCAUGUCACACGCUUGGAAAAGGCCGACAUACUCGAGCUGACCGUCACCCAUCUGCAGAAGAUGAAGCAACAGCGCCAGCACAAGCGCGCCAAUGGUGGCGCCGAGACACUUACGCCUGCCGAGGGCUUCCGCUCCGGAUAUAUACACGCCGUCAAUGAGGUGUCCCGCUCGCUGUCCCAGCUGCCCGGCAUGAAUGUCAGCCUGGGCACACAGUUAAUGACACAUUUGGGCCAGCGGCUUAAUCAACUGCAGCCCGCCGUAAAGGAGGUGCUCCCAGUGACAGAGCCACUCUCCGUGCACAUUGCCAGCCGGGAUGCCUACUCUGUGCCCAUUUCGCCCAUCUCCAGCUAUGCCGGCAGCCCCAACUCAAGUGUGGCCAGCGAACAACUGGGCAGCGCCUCGCUCCUGACCACUUGCUCCAGCAAUCUCAGCAUUGAUGUCACCAAAAUGGAGGAGGUGGCAGACAGCGAGGAUGAGGAGAAUGUCUGGCGGCCUUGGUAG